UGGCGGAGGCGGAGGAGGGCGAGGGUGUGUUGCGGUCACGGGUUCUUGUGGGAGGAACGUCAUUGGUGAUAAUUUUGUGUUUGUGACGCUUUAAUUCCACUUCCGGCCUCCACUGCCCUUCAUCCACACAGGUAGAGUCAGGAUGGCACAGAGAACAAGUGUACAGCGGCCUAGUGGUGGAGGACAGGGCAAGAUCUGUCAGUUCAAGCUGGUGCUGCUUGGGGAGUCUGCUGUGGGCAAGUCAUCUCUCGUCCUAAGAUUCGUCAAGGGACAGUUUCACGAAUACCAGGAGUCUACGAUUGGUGCUGCCUUCCUGACCCAGACUGUAUGUUUGGAUGAUACUACGGUCAAAUUUGAGAUCUGGGACACGGCUGGCCAAGAGAGGUACCACAGUCUAGCCCCCAUGUAUUACCGCGGUGCCCAGGCAGCAAUUGUUGUUUAUGACAUCACAAAUCAGGACACAUUUGGUCGGGCUAAGACCUGGGUGAAGGAGCUGCAGCGGCAGGCAUCCCCCAACAUCGUGAUAGCGCUGGCUGGCAACAAAGCUGACUUGGCCAACAAGAGGAUGGUAGAGUAUGAGGAGGCACAGACUUAUGCUGAAGAAAACUCCCUCCUCUUCAUGGAGACGUCCGCCAAAACUGCCAUGAAUGUAAAUGAUAUAUUCCUGGCAAUAGCCAAGAAAUUGCCAAAGAGUGACAACAGUGCGACUGGUUCCCAACGGGAAGGGAUGACCCUGAGACCUUCAGACCCGACACCAGGCCCCGCUGGCUGUUGCAAGUGAUCACCUUCAGCACAGGUGGAACAAUGUGAUGCUAGUGUAAGUUACAAUACCCAGCUGCUGGUAGCUCACUUUUCUCCAUUGGACUUGAAGAUUACAACAUUCCUGGGUUCAAAUUUUAUGCAUGGGUCUCAGCUUGUCAAAAAGGAUCAGUUAACUUCGGAAAUAAAUCUUGUCAAGCCUCAGUUAUUUAAUCUGUGUCAGGUUUUGAGAUUCAGAACCAUAACUGUGAAAGUACUCAUCAUUAGUGAAUAUGUGAUCUGUUUUUUAAGCAAAACCCUGUACGUAUUGGGCAUCUGUGAAUCACACGGGCCACUCUCUGCCGUGCCUGUCAGAGCUCACGAGUUUGUGGAACAUGCCGUAAUUGUUAUGUAACUUGAUUUCCAUUUGUUACUUGGUAUCAUUUGCACACUGUAUUGUCAUUCCCAUUAUUUAUCAAUUCUAGUAGUUUAUACCCUCCACCCAAACUUGCAAGUAUGUGUUAGAAAUUUUAAAGGGAACUCCUGGAUGGACACAUUAGGUUCACCGUGCGGCGAGAGUGAGUGGUGAUCUCGGCUCCCGGAGCCAGCGCGUGAGUGGCCGUCGCCGCCCAGACUAUUUAAUACCUGCUCACUCACCUCAGUGGAGGAUGGAAGGAUGUGGUGUUUAUCCAGCUUUAUGUGCAGAGCUGAUAGUUGUGUGUUGUACAGCGACCAAGGCUGGUCUUUACACUGUUGAGUUCUAGCUAACAUGGUCAUACAUGGAGCAUUGAGUCUGUUGCUCAUGUGGCAUUUCUGUACACCAGUAAACCAUCACACUUCAUUAAAAUCCAGUCACUUCUUGUGCUUGACCAUGAUUGGCCAUGUGACAAUGUAUAUUAUCUAUUUACAUUUCUUUUUAUAAUGUAGGGAAGAAUUUCUAUGUCACUUGUACAUGUCACUUGUACAUUUUUUGUUAUCUUGUGGGCAACAUUGGACUUGGGCGGCCGGAGCCUGGUGAGGGGCUGGCUGCGCCCAAGUCUGAUACAACUUCCAACUGAAAGGCUAUUGAGCAUCAUGGUUAUGGUGAUGCCAAUUUUGUGCUGCUCUGAGGAAGAGGCCUCCAAAUGUGCCCAUCACAGUUAUACAAUUUCCGGUCUUGUUUCUGCCUUAAAUUUUGUAAAAUCCCUAAAUAUAUAUUAGUUAUAGUUAUAAAUAUGAUUAUUAUAUACAGUUAUUGAAACUAUAUUAUUUUAGCUGCUUAUAAACAAGCCUAUUCUGGCCAUGUGUCGGGUCUGGCCGUGUGCCGGGCUGGUUUCAAUCAGUCAUGAACCUUACCAGUUAAGUUUGAAUUUUAUUUUCCUGUAUUAAAAUUGUUAUUAUUGAAAACUGUUAUCCUAGGGGUCAAACUUGAUUGGCACAUCAUCUAGUAAAUACUUGGCGUGCUCCAUUGUGCUCAGGAACUCUUGUUGAGGUGGUUGAGCCUCCCAAGCUUGGUACAAUGGACCACUUUGUGUGUACACUGAACUGCAAAGUCAGACUACAAUCUUGUACAGUUAAAAGUACCUAUUAUAAAUAAUAAAAGGAUAAGAAGUUAUAUGUAACUUUUAUGGACUUUGGAAGACUAGGUGAAUAGAAAAGCCUUGUGGGAUAAACAAUGUGGUGUGGGGCAAACUAUUCUUGUGUACUAAGGUCUGGAAACUCUGGGACUCAGCCCCCCUGGGGAGUUUAGAUCUGAAACAUUGUCAAUAAAUACUUCAAACUUUAUAUACAAAUUUUACUAAGGCAUUAUCAGCUAGAAACAAAUGCCCAGUCAGGACAUCACAAGGCUUGUCACAACGUCACAGCCUCGCAAUAACAUAGAUGGUUUGGAAUGGCAAGAUGUAAAUUUCUAUUGGGUGAAGUGACUGACCAAGAAGUGAUGCGAUGCUCCUCCAUCAACUAAUCUUACACCAAGUGAUGCGAUGCUCCUCCAUCAACUAAUCUUACGUCUGUAUCUAAAAAUAACUUUUGAACAUUUAUGAAGUAGAAAAAUAAUAAAUAAUUGUAUGUACACCUUAAUUUAAGUCCUCACUUAAUGUAAUUGAUUUUUACAUGAAUGUAAUUUCUCACAAAAUCUUGAGAAAUAAAGCUCCAUUAAUGCUUCCUCACUUAAGACCAAAGAUGAAACCUGAAACAUUACAACUCAAGCAAACAUUCAAUCCUACAAUGACAUUAAGGCAUUAACCGAGGACUUUAUAUAUAUACAGAAACCCUGAAAAUCUUCAAAAGAAUUUUUAAACUUUGUACACAUUUGUCAGUACUAUAAUUUGAAAUAUAUAAACCAUUUUAAUGAUCCAA